AUGGAUGACAAGUAUCGGUUUGCCGAGCUCGGUAAACUGCUUCACCAGCAGCACGCAGACCAGUUGUCUACGCAACUUGCUGUGUUCCGUUCGGCACUUUUAAACUUUGCUCGAGAACACCCCGAUGACAUUAUCAACGAUGACGAAUCUCGAGCCAAAUUUACCCAGGUUUGUACCCUGAUAGGAAUUGAUCCGCUAGAGCUAUUCAUGCAAAGUAGGAGAUCCAAGGAGGAGUUUCGUAUCAGUGUGGCCGUGAGAGUUGUGGAAAUAUGUAACGAUACUAGAGCCGUUAAUGGUGGACUCAUACCAAUUAAAGAGCUUGUUUCCAUUCUACAACAAAACCCCGAUUUCGAAGCUGUGGUCACUGAGAACGAUGUAUUGGAGAGCGUUCCGCUUCUUAAUGGGUUGGGGAAGGGAUACGAUACUUUUACCAUCAACGGCAAGUCGUGGCUCAAGUCGGUGUCCAUGUCGGAGUCGAUUUCCAACGACCACAAAACCAUCUAUGAAGCAUGUGAGUUCAUCGGUGGAUAUAUAACCAUGCGUAUUCUUCAGGAUAACUACGGCUGGGACAAAGUGCGGGCUCGUUCUGCCAUUGAUGAUAUGAUUAUGCAUGGGUUUCUAUGGGUCGAUAAUUGCGCAGGCCAAGAUACGAUGUACUGGGUACCGUCUGCUUCGUGA